AUGUCAAACUCUCCGUCGAUCUCCAGCAGCCUGGGCGUCGAAAGCCAAGCCAACGAUCCCGAAGGCCCCAAGUACUUCUUUCAGGAGAAAUAUGCCCCACUGAACGUGAGGGGCAACUUCUUGACCCUUUGUGCUUGUCCUAAGAAUGUGGAGUUGGGCGAGUGGCUGGCUCACCAAAUCGUCGAACAAUACCGCCUACUCCACGGCAUGCUUCAGGUUAUCCAGGAGACAAACAGUGUGACUGGUCUUUCCAUUUGCAAUGAAAACACCUGCCCGACGAUGUCUGCAGGACGGUUGACCUACACCUGGCUCGUUGACGGCCGGGCUGCCAAAAUUUCCGCGCCCAAGUUCAUUAACCGCGUUGAAAAGUGGAUCGUCAGCAAGAUUCAUGAUCCGGUCAUGUUCCCUACCGAAAAUGUCAAGGGAACCCCCGAGACAUCUGCCGUCAAAGAAGCCAACGGUGUCUCAACAGCCCCUUCAGACCCUUCCAACCAAGAAGACUGGAUUGGCAAGUCCAGUGGGUUCCCGCAAACGUUCUACAAGGAUUGCCAGGGUAUCAUGAAGCAAAUGUUCCGUUGCUACGCUCACUUAUACCAUGCGCAUUGGCUCAACCCCUUCUGGCACAUCAACAAGCACGACAUCCUGAACAUGUGUUUCGUGCACUUCGUGACGGUCUCCAAGUAUUACGGACUCGUUUCUGAUAAGGAAAUGGAGCCCAUGCAGCCCUUGAUUGAACUCUUCAUCAAGCAACAGCGCGUGCCCCCCGAGGCGCUUAAUGGUGGUCACUGGGCUCAGCAGGUCACCCAGUAA